GCAAAUCAGCAGGUCCCAACGGUUUCAGGUUUGAACACUCAGCACAAAUCAGACAAGUGCUACAUUCCGGAAUCCCAUUCGUGGGGAUGUGCUCGUGUAACUAACAACCUGCUGCAUAUAGUUCAUCGCACGACAGGCUUACGACAGCGAACCGACGAUAAUCGUGGAAGUGUUGUACAAAUUUCGUCUGUUUGUGACGCGAAAGGUGUCGUAGAAUCCCAGUCGAUUUUCACAAAGCCUUUACUGAAAAUCUUACGACAAAGACUUGUACGACGUUUGUGACUGGCCAUUGAUCUCACCGAGUUUCUACUAUACGUGUUGGACUUUAAGGCAUCGUAUGAGCGUCAGUUUGCAGAACUGUAACAACAGGAACAGCCGAUGGUUAAUGAUCAACUAGCCUUGUUUUGUGCUGCCAUUUGGACGUGAACUUUGCACACGUUUGACAAGGGAGCUGCUAUAGCACCUGUUCUUGAGACACUUAAAUUUCGGACUUGUAUCCAAGACUUCUUCUUCAGGAUGACGAGGCAUCUUCUGUCAUUUCUUCCUCUUCUAUUGCUGACUAAAGCAGCUCUAGCCCAGCUGACCGUCCAAAGCCCCCAGCCGAGUGUGCAGGUCCCCCUGGGUCAGCCCGCUGUGCUGCCCUGUACAUACACGUUAGGCAGUGGGGACUCGCUGAGGGAGAUUAAAUGGUACGAGCGGACCAUGGGAGGGAACAGAGUACCGGUGGUGUUCUACUUCACUAACCCUCCACAGGAGACAGCGUUCCGGGGGUACGAAGGCAGAGCGUCGUUAGUGACAGCUGACGCGAGUACCGCCUCCCUGCGGCUCAACGAAACCCGCUUCUCAGACAACGGGCAGUUCGAGUGUCUGGUCGGGGCCAUGGUGUCAGGCGUCCCGCAGGAAGUCACCGCAAACAUCGAUCUAAGGGUACUAGUUGCCCCACACGCACCAAAGAUCACCGGCGACUACAGCGAAGCUACCGGGCACCUGAACCUGACAUGCACGGCGCUGCACGGCUUCCCCGCCGCCAACCUGACCUGGUACCGGGACGGAGUGGCGGUGCCAGCGGGCAGGGUCGAUGUCGUCACCGACGGACAGGGUUACCAGGACGCCCGGGUCAGUGUCAACUUCACGGUCAGGGCGAACAGUUCAGGUGCAGGGACGGUGACGUACAGGUGCGACGCCAGCCACCCCUCCUUAACUACUGCCAUGCAGGUGUCAGGAAAACUAGGACCGCCGAUAGUCACAGGUAUCACAACAUCGCCGGCAAAUAUCGAGUCCCUCAUGGAGUACGAUGACGUCACUCUGACAUGCGCAGCUGAGGGCGGCCUCGUUUUGGAACCCACGUACCAAUGGAGCCGGGAUGGGACGUCACUUCCGGAUGGCGCAGUGGCUGCUGGGAACACACUGAAGAUAGUGUUUGCCUCUCCGAAAGAUAGCGGGACCUAUAGAUGUACAGCUUCCAACGUCUUAGGGUCUACCAACGCCAAGAAAACCUUACAGUUCAAAGAACAACCACUCAUAAGAGAGCCUCAGACACAGGAAGAUUCAGGCCUUCCCGGUGAGAUCACCCUGGUAAUCGUGCUAGCGGUGUUUGCCGGUCUGGGUGCCUUCGGUGGAGCAGCCUACUAUAUCCGCAGGCGGAAACAGUCUCAGGACGAGGAAGCACCUGAAGUCGUUGAAGAAGAACCGAAGCCGGUUGUCGCUCCACGGAGCAUUCUAAAGGCGCCUCCUGUUCCAAUGGCCCAACAAAGACCGUCGCUUACCAACCAAAAUGUGCCUCCUGCUGCUUUGGUAGACCAGGGGAGGCCGUCGCAUAGCAACCCGCGACCGGAAGGUGCGCCAUCUGGAGUCCAGGAAAGAGGCUAUGACAAUCCGGCAUCAAAAGGAGAUGAAUUCAAUCCACAAUAUUGAACUUAUGACUGCAAGGAAUCGUAAUGAGAAGAAUCGUCGAUUAACAACCUAAUCGUGGACAAUACAUAAAGUCAAAUUAAAGUAAACAUCCACAUUUUAAAGAAUAUUACUUUUUCUGGGGUUUUAUGAUUUGUUGUGUAUAUCAAACAGGGGGCUAAGGUUGUUGCAUCUUCGUCAUGUUUAAUUUGAUCCUUUUCUAGAGUCAGUACUAUUUUUAACGUUACUAGAUAUACAAGAAAGUCAUCAUUUUUGCUAAUAUCAUUGCAUAUCACAUGCACCUUUAAUUCGUGCUAUAUUGUACAUAACUGUCAUAGUGAAAUUUUGAUUUGGACACAGACAUAACUGUCUAUGUCACACCAUAGUUAAAUUGACAAACUAUGUAAAUUGGACAGUUGUUUUACUGACAAGAUUGUAUUAAAACAACUUGACGGUUUGGUCACCAUUUA